UCCCUCCCCCUCCUCCCCCACCAUUCCUCUUCGCUCUGCACAAAAUCUCUCUUUCUCUCUCUAUCUCUCACGAAGCAAAGGAGUCUCGCUUUCACAAAAGAUAACAGACAGAGGGAGAUGGGAAAGUACAUGAAGAAGCCGAAGAUCACAGGUGAGGUGGCGCUGCUCAUGGAGCUCUCGCACUCCAUUGGCGUCUGCACCAGAGCCAAGGCGCUAGCGCUCCAGCGGCUCCAGAAGACAACUCCGUCACCCGCGGUUGCACCCACCCCGGAUGCAUCCUCCUUCUCCUACCUCCAGCUACGCAGCCGCCGCCUACAGAAACCGCCUUUACUCAGGAAACAACAGCAAGAGCAGCAGCAGCAGCAGAAGCCCACUACUGAGUGUUGCGGAGAGAGCAAUUCCAGGCUGAAGGUGGGCUCGGUGGAGGUCAAGGAGGAGGAUGAGGACGAGCAGGGGUGUGUCGGUGAGUUUUGGAAGGGCGACGAAGCGGAGGAGGGUAAUGAUUUGGGCGUUGAGGCUUCGUUUGGAGAGAAUACUCCGGAGUUUGAAGGCAGAGACAGGAGCACCAGGGAGAGCACUCCUUGUAGUAUGAGGGACUCAGAUUCCAUGGGAACACCUGGUUCUACCACCAGGCGAACAACUUCUACUGAAACAAACCGAAGAGUUAGGAAUGGCAUGCGAAGAAACAUCCCAACAGCACAUGAGAUGGAGGAGUUCUUUGUCUAUGCUGAGAAGCAACAACAGAGAAUAUUUAUUGAGAAGUAUAACUUCGAUUUCGUGAAUGAUUUGCCCCUCCCAGGACGGUACGAAUGGGUGCAGAUAAUUCCCUAAACAAAGAUAAUUUACUGGGAGUUGCUUUCCCUGCAAUUUCUCAAUUGAUUCCUGGCUGAGCAUUUGAAGUGCGAGCAUUGAAAAGGAAACUAGAGCUAAGACGUGUGGUUUAAUGAUCUGUAACAUUACAGAGCUUAAUUACACACUAACCAGCUAAAAAUACCAAAAUCCCUAGUUCAAGAGAAUGGGGAUUCAUUAGAGAGGAGAUUGGGUAGGGUAGUGUUUAGGGUUUGGAUAGUUUCAUGAAUUGUAAUUUUUAAGGGGUAUAUCUAAUUAUUAGUAGAAUGCAUUUCCAGUCUUCUUUUCUUAAUGUUUCAGUUUUGUGUAUAUUUAGUUAGGGAUUAACCGUGUCUCUUUGGAAAUAAAUUAGCUAUUUUCUCUUGUUAUAUUA